UGGGCGUGACCAGCGUGGACCAAUAGAAUGCAGCAGCCAGAGACACGUUGAAAACAGACAUGUCAGCCUCCAGCGCGUAAAGAACUGCUGAUAUCUGAGUGAUUUUACAUUACUGUACUGAACUCCACACGAUGGUUGUUACAGACUCGCAGUCCUCCGACAUGGGGACUAUCAUUCGUGUCAGAGGGCCGCUGGAGUUCAAAUGUCAGCUGGACAGCACAGAUGUGCGGCUCAUGCAGAGAGCCAUCUCGAGAACGUUUGAGAUGCUUCUCUCUCAGGUGAAAUCUGAAUCAUGUGUUCUAGCAGUCUGUGACAGUCCUGUAAUUAUUUGGCCAAAGAAAAGUGUUUAUGCAACACCUGAAGAAAUAACUCCAAGCACACUGUGUGAAGAUCUACAUCAAUGGAUACAGACAGAUGAACAAGAGACCGUUGGCAAGAGAUCUGCAAAAAAGAAAGGCAAAAAAAGUUCAGCAGCGAGUGUCGUUAACCUUCGCCUGAUGAUGGAGGCGACAAAGACAGGCCCUCUUCCAGCCCCGAUCCUCAGCAGAACGGCCCAGAAUUCCCACUUCCUGUCUACAACUCUUCCCAUGGACUGUGUUGUCCGCACCACCAGCAGUGACACAAUCAAAGAUGCCUUUGAGCGCCUGUUGGAGGCACUAACUCAUCAGCUGUGUGAGAUGGAGAAAAUGACCCUGCAACACAUGAAGGGGACCACACUGCUGAUACCUGAACCGCUCCAUUUCCUUCUUCCAGAGCCAAAAGGACUGGUGACUGUGGUUUACCCAGCAGGAGUGCCUGACAGCCAACUAGAGACACAACGUAAAGAACUGCACCAACAGUUUGAGCUACCGGAUGACUGGCCCUAUUUUAGAAGAGCCAACUCUUACCACUUUCCCAAUGAGCCCUACAAAGAUGGCUACCUCCGAAACCCUCAUCUGGUCCUAACACAUCCCACGCUGGACAAUGGAAAGGUGUACUCGGUCCAGGGGAUCUACAGCUAUCACCACUACAUGCAGGACCACAUGGAAGACAAUGGCUGGGGCUGUGCUUAUCGUUCCCUCCAGACCAUCUGCUCCUGGUUCCAGCAGCAAGGCUACACAGAGCGAGCUGUGCCCACUCAUAAGGAGAUCCAACAGGCUUUAGUGGAUGUUGGAGACAAACAGGCUUCCUUUGUUGGAUCACGUCAGUGGAUCGGAUCCAUCGAGGUUCAGGCUGUUCUGAAUCAGCUGCUUGGGGUCACUUCCAAGAUCAUGUUUGUGAGUCAAGGUUCAGAGUUGGCAUCCAAAGGCAGAGAACUGGCCAACCACUUCCUCACUGAAGGGACUCCCAUCAUGAUUGGAGGUGGUGUUUUAGCUCACACUAUUCUAGGUGUGGCAUGGAGUGAGACAUCAGGGGAGAUUCGCUAUCUCAUCCUCGACCCACAUUACACAGGAGCAGAGGACUUACAGGUUAUCACAGACAAGGGCUGGUGUGGCUGGAAAGGACCAGACUUUUGGGAUCAAACUGCGUAUUAUAAUCUGUGUCUGCCUCAGAGGCCAAAGGUCAUCUGAGCUCUCACAACCUUUCAUACAGACAACAUCUAACUUUGGUAUUUUGCAUCUGCAAAACUUUGGAGUGACACAAUAACAUAUUUGUUUUAUAGAAAUGUGUCCAGUAUUGCAAAUUGACUCAAUUAUGUUAUGACAUUAAAUUUAUUGUCAUGUUUUUACGUUUUUUG